CGGGCACGCUGUUCCAAGUAUGCAAGAUGGAGACGAGUGUGUUUUCAGGUUGAAUAGGUGCGGUUGCUUUGCGAUUAUAAUAGCUGCAUCAGCUGUUUCGUGCGAUAGGUCGCGCCUACAAACGCCUUAACAGAACCGAAAUAUUGACAGCUGAGUCACCGUCAAGACGAUCACAUUGCGAUUAGCUACAGUUUAACUUAAUUGUCAGCUGUCAAAUGUUUUUGUAUACGUACAGGUGCAUACCGAAUGUUCAAUGCAAAAUCACAAAUAGCAUAGUAAUAACGUUUUACGAAAGCUGUGCGUCAGUUCAAUGAGACGCGAUAAAUUUUUAUCCAACAAAGAGAAAGUUCGGCAUAGACAUGGAGAAUCUGGAGGCGUUAGGAUGGUAUUUGUCUGAUCAUGGUUAUAAUGUGGCAACUGAUUCGGGCAGCAUAAGUGAUACGCAGAGGAUAAUAAAACGAUUGUUAGAUCUUGACUUAAGAGAGGUUGGCAAUGGAAAUGGAGAUAUUAAUCAGGGCAAUAUUGUGUUACAAAUACAAAAGAUUCGUAAUAUCUCUGCACCCAAGGGAAAUGAAGAAUCAAAAACAGCUCCACGAAUGUUAAAAUUAUCAUUGACGGAUGGUAAAAAUAAUUUUCAAGCUUUAGAAAUUGAACAUAUAUCAGCAUUAAAUCUAAAUACACCACCUGGUACAAAGAUAUUGAUAAAAUCAGGAACCUUACCUAUGUCACAUGGAAUUCUUUUACUGAGCUCAUCACAUAUAAUUCAUAUACUUGGAGGAAGAGUUGCAAAUUUAGUGGAAAAAUGGGAAUUAAACAAGAAAUUAGCCUCACAUACUCGUGUAAGAUCAGCUGAAGAGGGUGGACCACCACCAUGGAUACCAUUUGGCAAAAAAAUUAUAAAAGUUUCAGAGCAAGAUAAGAACUUUAAAGCAUUAAUAGAAAAAGAAAAAACUAGCAAAGAGAAUACAGAGUUUGAGGCCCAACGUAAAGAUGCAAUAGCAGAAGCUGCCAAACAAGGCAGUAAGAAAGUAUUUGGUGGCGGAAAUAAACAGUUAUUAGAUCAUAGUGUACAGAAAAUCAUAGAUCGAGGAUUUACCAUAGAGCAAGCAGAAUACGCUUUAAGAAUUAACAGAAAUAAUGUAGAUAGAGCUCUUAGAAGCCUACAAAAAACCGAUAGUAAACAUAACGUUAAAGAGUCUCGAGAACCGCGAGAGCCACGUGGAAAACGAGACAAGAAAACUGAAGAGAGUAAACCCAGUAGUGGAAAAAUAUCUCUAUUCGAUUUUCUUGAAGAUAAACUACCUGUGCAACCUGAGAGUGUCGAAACAAUUAAUUCAUCACAAAAUAAUUAUGUACAAAAUAACGAAAAUAAUCAAGAUCGUGUUGAAUCGAGAGGCAACGAUGCACAAGGUGGCAGAGGUGCGCGAAAUCAAAAAGGUGGCCGCGGGUAUCAACCUCCUCCACGACAUUUAGAAGAACAUAAAAAUAGCAAACGAACAAAUAACAGCAACUCUGCCAUGUAUCUGCAAUAUAAUGGUGUUACUCAUACACAGCAAAACAAACCACCAAGAUUUCAACGAAAUCAAGAAUUUCAAUAUCAGUAUCAAUACGAUGGAGGUAGAGAAGCGUAUCAGAAAUCUCAGUCAAACGAUUCUAAAAAUAUGUUUGUUCAGUCGCGCACAAGUAACAUAAAUGCCAAUAGUGGUAAUGAAAGUUAUAACAAAAAUCAAGCAGAACAUCAAGAAAAGAAUUUCAGUAGUAGCAAAAACUAUAAUCAUUUCGAUUCUGAGGCAAGAAAUAGGCAUUCUUAUGAUGCAUCUUAUGGUAGACAAAAUCGGGCGCAACAAAGUGGGACUUCGAAAGUAGAUUACACAUCUAAUACAACCGAACAAAAUUAUAAAAAUCAAUUUAGAUAUCAGUCGAAUAAUAAUGUUGGAAACAGGAUGUCCGUGAAUUCUAACUUGCAAAGAAGUGAAAGCAAUUAUAAUAAUCAUGUUUCCACCAAUAAUGCAUGGGUAUGGCGAGUAGGUGACAAGUGUAUGGCUAAAUAUUGGGAAGAUAAUAGGUAUUACAAUGCUGAAGUCACCGGUGUUUCCGAAAGGACUUGUGUGGUGCAAUUCAAAGGAUUUGAGAAUUAUGAGGAAGUGCUUCAAGUGGAUUGUAUACCAAUAACAGAUGAUUAUCAAGAUCACAUUUCGGAUAUAAGACGGCAAGAUCAACGUUCUAAUAAUCGACAACCACGUUACGAUCAAAGUCACAAUCACAUAAAUGCAGCACCUAUGGAAUUUCGACGAGGCGGAAAUGGUGCUGUUAGUGGAAAUAAAGGAUAUAAUAAAAAACGGAAUCAGCAACGCAGUACACAACCUAUUUAUCAACCGCCAGCGCAAAGAGGCCACACUUCUAUGCCAAUUAAUAGUCAAAAUAAUACUCAACAUAAUUCUUUCCUUUAAUAUAACUCUAGUCUUAUACAUCUUUAGUAAAAGAAAUAAUUCAGUUCUUACUAAAUAUUGAGGCAGUUGCAUUUGCUAUUGAAAGUUGAUUUAACAGGAUGCUACAAACUAAACAGGACGGUUUAGAUGUUGUAAAUGUUACUAGACGUGAAUUGUGUAUGCAAUUUGAUUUUUACCAGAGUCAAAUUAAAUACGUGAUAAUUUAAUAUCGAGCAAGUUGAUGUUUCACACUGUACACGAGAAGGAAGAAUCACGAAACUUCUAUUGUAAAAAAGUCGACUGUGUUCUUGAAAUAUUAUUUGUAUUGUAUGAAAUGUACUAUUUGUAUUGUAGGAAAAUUGAUUCUUAUUACUGCAAAACAGGGCAAUGUCUGUACCUCGUCCAUUUUAGUCGUAAUACAAUUGUAAUGAAG